AUGGCACCGUUGGCUUUGUCUAACAUGAAUUGGUUAGGGCGUGAGCAACCCCUUUACCAAAAACUUACUUUGGGUACCAAAUUGCUCCUCGGCAAAGGCCGUCCCGUCACGCGGCAGAUUUUCUUAGGGCCUUCGACGGCCAAGGAGUCCUAUAAAGGCUUGGUGGGCAACACCAUUCUUCUAGCGCAGGCCGAAGCAAAGACUACACAGAUCUUACCAUCUUUGAACAAAGUCUUGGAUCAAUUGGUGAUUGUUUUCACAAGAAGUGUCGAGGAAGUCAAAACCUGUAAGGCAUUAACCGUCAACCGCGCAGAGUUUGUGGACUGCUUGCGCUUGAGAAAGAAACAUUGCCCUGUGUUUUUUGACACCGAUAUUGAUCAAGAUGCCGUUCAGAAGCUGCCAGUCGAAGGGGUUCCAAACGAAUUUAUCGAACAUGCCAUACAUCUUCCGGAAUCAACAUUUUUGCCGCGUAUGCAAGGGCCGGGCGACCUGCCCGUGACAGCGCCUCCGUCCAAUACCGAUGGCAACAUUGCUGAAGAGUCUGAUGAUGACCACGAGGUUGCGCAAGCUGAUGAUGAAUCUGUCCAUGACGAUGCGCAGGCCUGCGCAGAUGAAGGCCAUGAGCGUGCCACUCAUGAAUCUCAAAAAAGCCCUGAAUUUAUGAUUGCCAUUGAUUACGAGCAAGACCCGAAACCGGCGCAACUUUUUCAAGCGAUGCAAAAAAAAUUGGAACAUCUUCAAAAAGAAGUUGCAAAAGUUAAGACCAACCAAAGUGGUGCUUGGGAAAACGUUUCAGCCACUGUGCGACAAGUAGGUCAGCAAGAAACUUGUCAACGCCUUGUGAUCGAUUUACAAGACACGAUGAGGAAACUAUUGAAAGAAGCCAAAAAUUUGGACGACGUGGCAGCAAGUUUGCUCCAGACCUCGGUGACUGCUGAUUUUUUCGAAAAGGGUGGUCAAAUACACAUCGACGCUUUGGCAGUGCCAACGAUGACAGUCUUGAGCUCCUUUGACCCCAGAAGCUUUCCAAGCUGCUUUGUCGAGUUUUACUAUGGAGACGCAGUGCCUGGCCUCUCGGGACGCCCAAAUUCCACAGUGACAUACCAAAGCUUGUUUUCUGCACUGAUGCAGCGCGAAGAGAUGGAGUAUUCUUGUUCUGAUGAUGUUGAGCCGUACCAAGCCCGUGCAGUUUCUCGUUUUGAUUCACCAGAAUUUGCUGCCCUUUUUGGAGACAUUCUUCGGAAAAUGAAAACACUGCAAGCAGUAAACGCGUCGUUUCAGAGGCAAGGCUUCGAGAAGGACUUGAAGACAAUUGCUUCUUCGCAAACAACCGAUUUUCUGGCCGCAGCUGCAGGAGAGAUGUGCGGCAAUAGCCAAUCGAGUAUCGAAGACGACUUUGCUUCUAGCAGUGUUCCUGGCGUUGCUGGAUUUGCGUUGGCGAUCCUUGAAGCUCUUGAAGCCCAAGGGCGAGGGUUUCAGCAUGGACACCGUUUGGUCCGCGCAAUUCCUGGGUUUCUUGCAAGCAUGCAAAUUCAAGAUGGUGACUUGUCCCCGAAAAGUUUGCGUGCCAAAAUGCUGCAGCACAAUGCAAAGCUGAUCUCCCAAGUCAACACAUUGCAGUACGAGAAGUCGACCUUGGUGGGUGAACAAGCUGGCAUCAAAAUGAAGCCAGAACCAUUCAGUGCUCUUCAGCAAAAACAAACAAAAUUUGAUGGCGGACUAGAAGCUGAUGAGAUCACUCAAAGAUUGUUGUUGCCUGUUGUGGCGGCAGAACGCUUGAAGCACGUGGAGCGCGAAAUCGCUGCAAGCGAGCAGCAGCAACGCCCACCAGCAAAUUUCUUCAAAGAGGUGUCAUUGACAGGUGCCGAAUUGAGCACGCUGCCAGAAUACAAGUUGCCUUGUAUAAUUCCACAGGCUGCAGCCUGGAAGGGCCCACUUUCAUUUUCCGUAGAUUGUGAUGAGUCUGGCGUCAUUACCAAGGUUGCUUGCCCUGAUGGUGAAGAUGCCUGUAACUUUGACACUUUUCUUGCAGAGGCCCAUAGGCUUGCGGCGGCUGCGAACCGCAGCACCUGGGUAUCUUCGACAGAGUUGGCGACCACCAUUCUGUGCGCCCCACCAGAUGACGAAGAUAGCUUCGAUGAGGAGUUGCAUUCGCAAACCAAAGCAGCUGUAGCAAAACUUCUCCGCAAAGAAAUGCUUCAGUCCGAUGCCACGACAAGUUGCCCAGCAUCGGAGAACCUUACGCCUGAAAUGGCUGCGCAACAGCUGGAAGAGCUUUUUGACAGGAACGCCAACCGCGACGAGGCACAAGUCACAGAAAUUGACGUUCCUUUAGCGUGGAAAGGUCCUGCAGCGUAUGCCAAAUCUCUCAUUGAUAAGUUUCCUUUCAACCAGGAGCAGCUGGACUUGUUGGCCCUUCUAGUGAAUCCACUUGAAGUUGCGUGGCGAAACCGAGAAGAUACAUCUGUGUACACCUUGCCGGUCGACCUAGGAGUGGAUUUGGAAUUCUUGCCGCCCAAACCUUGCGGGGAGCAUUUGAUUUUCAACCGACACUGCGACCAGUGUGUGUCAUAUCCUGGAGUCAUUCAAGUGCUUUCAAAAACGCAAACGUGGUCUUACACCUUGCCAGACGGGAAAAUUUCAUUGAAGAUCAAGCGGACGGCAUUCCCACUCUGGCCAGAGAAGGCCUGCAGCCUUUACACGAUGCAAGGAACGACAGCGUCCCCCGGAUUAGUGGCGCACAUGACUUUGCCUGCCAGAUCACCGGCAGACAUCAAAUUCUUGGCUGUCUACGUGAUGCUUUCACGCCCUCGCUCCUUCAAGAACUUGUUGACGCUGGGGCUCAACGACAAAAUCCGAAACAUCAUCGAAAGCGGACCUCCUGAAGAACUCUUGGAAACCUUCGCAACCUUGUUUGGAUCCAAAGCUGACGAGACACGCGAAGCAGCCCGGGAGGCGGCUGAACAUUUGGGGUGGCAAGCUGGAGGCUGA